UAUUUUAGUCAUGAUAAAUUGAUAACAACAACAUUAUUUUUGUCGUUCUCGUCGUUCGAAUUAUAAUUUAUAAAUUAACGAAUACAGCAUUACGGCGAAUACCUACGUUGAAAACCCUAGCCUGAACAAUAUUAAUUAUAAUAUAGUAUUAAUUACCUACUUAUCUAUGAUAGUUCCAUUCAUUGUUUACUAUGAGAUUCAUGCAUUCCGCUCCAACAACACUAGCCGACGGAAGCGUUUUCGAUUUCGGUUCCAUCCACCGCAAUAAAAUGCCAUGAAACACUUCCGUCUGCCGUGUUGAAAACAAUAAUUACUGUCGUACAAGACGGACAUAGAAAAAAAAAUGGCCACUCCGGAAUCAAAAAGAAUAAGACUUUCUUCUCAAGACGUAGAAAAUACAGCAAAUGUCAAUGAAGAAGUAGAAACUAAUGUAUUACUAAAAAUACCAAACGGUGUAUGUUACAAGAAUUUUAAUGAAAUGAGAAGGAAUGAACAAUUAUGUGAUAUAAAAAUCAUUGCAAAAAAUGGUGAAGAAAUAUGGGCUCAUAAAGUUGUUCUGGCAGCUAACAGCGAAUAUUUUAAUAUUAUGUUUAAUAGUCAAUUUAAAGAAUCCAAGGAAUUGGAAAUCCAGAUUCAAGAAUUAGAUCCAUAUGCAUUGAGUUUGUUAAUUGACUUUAUUUAUACGUCUGAGUUAGCUGUAAAUGUACAAAAUGUCCAAGAAAUUUUAAAUGGAAUCUGUUUGUUACAAUUGGACGAAACAAUUCGCAGUGAAUGCAUUGAUUAUAUUAAAUCAAGAAUUGAUCCCGCAAAUUGUUUAGGUAUGAAAGAAAUGGCUGAAUGUCUUGGAUUAAGUAAUUUUUAUACAUUCUGUUUGAGUUAUGCUUUAGUUCACUUUAGUCAAGUAUACAAAAAUGAAGAAUUUUUGCUGAUUACUUUUGAUCAAAUAUUACAAAUGAUUACAAGUGAAGAUCUGUGUGCAAAUGAAGAAAAGGUGUAUAAAUCUGUAAUGAAAUGGGUCAAGUAUGAUAUAGAAAAUCGUAAUAAACAUUUACCAGACUUAAUGGAAUACGUUCGGUUACCAAUUAUUUCCCAGACAUUUUUUGAGUGUACGGUUGAUAAAGAACCGCUUUUGAAGUUAAAUAACAAUUGUAUAAAAUAUUUAGAUGAAACAUAUGCUGUCCAUACAGUCUUUGGUACUGAGUUAGAAGCACCACAUUCUAUCCGUACUCAAUAUCGCCAAAAUUAUUCAGAAUAUGUUGUGAUUAUGGGCAAAAGAGCCAAACAUCAUCUUCCUCUUUUAUUUAACAUAAUCACAAAUCAGUGCAGAACUAUACCAACGAUUAUACCACUAAAUAGUAAUGGUGAAACUUAUUUACUCGAUGAUGGUCGCUUAUUCGAUCUUGGCGGUAUUGAGAGGAAUGACGAUUAUUUUCCUUAUCGUAAUGAAAAUUAUUACCAUUAUAAUCCACUAUGUUACCUUAAAUCCGCUCAUAUUUUUGACGUAAGCACAAAAAAUUGGACACCAAUUCAACAAAUGCAUAAAAGUCAUUCUAAAUCAAAUAUUGUACAGAUUGGUAUUCGUAUUUAUGUGGUAGAUUCUAAUGAUAGUGAAUACUAUAAUAUUGAACGUGAUAAAUGGUUUAAAAUGAAUUCUUUAAAUAAUAAAUAUCGAAUUGAUUAUGCAGUUACUGCUCUCAAUGGAUUUAUAUAUGCUGUUGGAGGAUAUUUUGAAUAUCGCGAAGUUAAGUUCGUAGAACAGUUUGACCCUAAAACUAAUAUUUGGAAAAAUGUAGCACCAAUGUUACAUGGUAGAGUUGCCCCGGCCCUUUGUGCAUUGAAUGGUUGUAUGUAUGCUAUAGGAGGAAAAGAAUUUAUUGGUAAUCGUAGUUUGUCUCUGGUGGAAAAAUAUGAUCCAUCAACUGACUCUUGGGAAGAAGUGACCAAGUUAAACCAUGCUAGGUCCCAUGCAGGUGCUGUGGCUGUGAAUGGAAAAAUGUAUGUGUUUGGAGGUAUUCACAGCAAUUUUACAAUCGAAGUGUUUUGUCCUUUCAAAAAGACAUGGUCAGUUUUGUCGUCAACAGUACUGAACUCUCUCAAUAUGUAUGGUGCCUGCAAUGCGUUCAAUGUCAAACUACACCUUAAAAGUGAAAUUUUUAAGUUAAUUGAUUGAUUACAUUGUUUAAUAUUAAACUCUAUUGUUAUUAUUUUUUUAAAUUUUACUAUUAAAUUUAACCGUAUAUUUUAAAAACACUGAUUAAUACAUUACAAUAUAUACUUUGUUUUCGUAAAUUCAAAAUUAUAUUUUCUUUAUAAAUACGGAACAAGCCCAUAAAACAAUGAGGUUAUUAAAAUAUUUAAUGAAUAAUGAUAAACAGAUUGGUUUAUACAAAAU